AUGUUUUCGAUACCUUGUAAGAUAGGAGACCUUAAACUUGAUAGAGCUAUGCUUGAUCUGGGAGCUUCUAUAAAUGUCAUGCCUAGGAGUAUCUACGAUAGGGUUCAAUUAGGUGUAUUAAAAGACACAGGACUGAUAAUUCAACUUGUAGAUAGGAGUAAUGCCGACCCUGAUGGUGUUUUAGAAGAUGUUCUAGUGCAAGUAAAUGAGUUAGUCUUUCCAGCUGAUUUUUAUGUUUUAGACAUGGGACCUAACGAUAAUUCAAUUGAUGUGCCCUUACUCUUAGGAAGACCUUUUCUUAAGACAGCUAGAACGAUAAUUGAUGUGCAUAAAGGGAAUUUAACUAUGGAAUUUGAUGGUGAGAUAAUUAAAUUUAAUAUAUUUGAUGCUAUGAGAUAUCCCACUGAUAUUAAUUUCGUAUUUACUCUUGAUGUAAUUGACAAUUUUGUUCAAGAUGUCUAUGAAUUAGGGGAUGAGAACGAGUUGAAAAGCGUUCUAGCUAAGAGCAUUUUUGAUAUCGACAGGCAUGGAUUUAUCAUUUCUGAUUCUUUAAUUAAUUCGGUUUGUGCAUUAGACUCGCCUCAGUUAACACGCUUCAAGCCGAUCCUCUCUAACCUUACGGUGACUGGUAAGCAAAUUCCUUCAUUGAUUUCACCACCUAAAUUGGAAUUAAAAGAGCUGCCCGAAAAUUUAAAAUACGUUUAUUUAGGGGAAAAUCAAACUUUACCAUUGAUAGUGUCGAAUGCUUUAACCGAGAUGCAAGAAUCUAAGCUGCUUAGAGUUCUUAGGGAGAAUAAAGAAGCCUUCGGUUGGACACUAGCCGAUAUUCGGGGCCUUAGUACUACUUUAUGUACUCACAAGAUAGCCUUAGAACCAGAUUCAGUCCCUAAAAGAGACCCCCAACGCCGCUUGAAUCCACCAAUGAUAGAGGUAGUUAAGAUUGAAAUUUUAAAAUGGUUGGAAGUUGAUGUCAUUUAUCCUAUAGCUGAUUCGAAAUGGGUAAGUCCAAUUCAUGUUGUCCCUAAAAAGGGAGGAACCACAAUAGUUACCAAUGAAGAAGGGUUGGAAAUUCCUACAAGGGUGCAGAACGGCUGGCGGGUACCUAUUGCACCUGAGGAUCAAGAGAAGACCACUUUCACUUGCCCGUUUGGAACUUACGCCUUCAAGAGAAUGCCUUUCGGAUUAUGCAAUGCACCAGCCACUUUUCAAAGAGUUCUUAGGUGUUGCAUUGACACUAAUCUGAUAUUGAAUUUUGAGAAAUGUCAUCUCAUGGUUGAAAAGGGUGUAGUAUUGGGGCAUGUCGUCUCAGCUAAAGGUUUAGAAGUCGAUCAAGCCAAAGUCGAGAUAUCGUCAUCUUUAUGUGCAUUGCUAGGUAAGGAUGUGGCAUUCGAAUUUAAUGAGAGUUUUAAAAAAGCUUUUGAUGAAUUGAAAUUGAAAUUGAUCACGGCCCCUAUCAUUCAAGGACCGAAUUAUGCAUUACCCUUUGAGAUUUUAUGUGAUGCUAUUGAUAAGGCUGUUGGUGCGGCUCUAGGACCAAGAAAUGGGAGAGAGUCUUAUAUUAUUAGGUAUGCUAACGAGCUAUUAAACCCAGCUCAAUGCAAUUACACCACGACCGAGAAAGAGGAAUUUGACCUGGAAAUUAAAGAUAAGAAAGGUAAAGAGAACCUUGUGGCCGAUCAUUUGAGUAGGAUAAAGACUGGAAUUUUGAGGGAUGAGCCGAGUGAUUUAUUUCCCGAUGAGAGACUUUAUAGUGUGUCUAGUGUUUUUCCAUGUUUGGCAGGUGAAGAGCGCAAGUUGAAGCUGCAAGAAUUGGAGGAGUUGCGCGUAGAGGCAUAUGACAAUCCGGUCAUCUACAAAGGGGAGCGAGCAGCUUGGAUGGAGGAGAUCAAUCUUAAGGAUCCAUGA